CGCCCGCCCGCUCCCCAUGGGCUGCGGGGCCGCGGGACAUGGAGCGGUGCGCGGCCCGCCCAGCCGCGGAGGAAGAGCGUCGAGUGCGAGCCAACGCGCGGGAGUACAAUGAGAAGUUCCAGUACGCAAGCAACUGCAUCAAGACCUCCAAGUACAACAUUGUCACCUUCCUGCCUGUCAACCUCUUUGAGCAGUUCCAAGAAGUGGCAAACACCUAUUUCCUCUUCCUCCUCAUCCUGCAGCUGAUUCCUCAGAUCUCUUCACUCUCCUGGUUUACCACCAUCGUGCCUUUGGUUCUUGUCUUAACCAUCACAGCUGUCAAAGACGCCACCGAUGACUAUUUCCGCCAUAAAAGCGACAACCAGGUGAACAACCGGCAGUCUCAGGUCCUGAUCGGUGGAGUCCUUCGGCAGGAGCAGUGGAUGAAUGUCCGUGUUGGAGACAUCAUCAAGUUGGAGAACAACCAGUUUGUGGCGCAGGCUGACCUCCUCCUCCUCUCCAGCAGCGAACCCCAUGGGUUAUGCUACAUAGAAACUGCAGAGCUGGAUGGAGAGACCAACAUGAAGGUGCGUCAGGCCAUCCCCGUCACCGUGGAGCUGGGGGACACCAGUCAGCUGGCUCACUUUGACGGUGAGGUGAUUUGUGAACCCCCCAACAACAAGCUGGACAAGUUUGGCGGGACACUGUACUGGAAGGAGAACAAGUACCCCCUGAGCAACCAGAACAUGCUGCUGCGGGGCUGCGUCCUGCGCAACACCGAGUGGUGCUUUGGCCUCGUCAUCUUUGCAGGACCUGACACGAAGCUGAUGCAGAACAGCGGCCGGACCAAAUUCAAGCGGACAAGCAUCGACCGGCUGAUGAACACACUGGUGCUCUGGAUCUUCGGGUUCCUGGUGUGCAUGGGAGUGAUCCUGGCCAUUGGCAAUGCCAUCUGGGAGCACGAGGUGGGCGUCUGCUUCCAGAUCUACUUGCCCUGGGACGAGGGGGUGCACAGUGCCUUCUUCUCUGGCUUCCUCUCCUUCUGGUCCUACAUCAUCAUCCUCAACACUGUGGUGCCCAUCUCGCUCUAUGUGAGAGCGUGCUGCCCUGCCCCAGUGACGCCCAGACACCCUCCCUGCAGUGUUGAGGUGAUCCGGCUUGGGCACAGCUACUUCAUCAACUGGGACAAGAAGAUGUACUGUGCUAAGCGCCGGACGCCUGCUGAAGCCCGCACCACCACCCUCAACGAGGAGCUGGGGCAGGUGGAGUAUAUCUUCUCUGACAAGACUGGCACCCUCACCCAGAAUAUCAUGGUCUUCAGCAAGUGCUCGGUGAACGGGCACAGCUACGGUGAAGUGCAGGACAUGCUGAGUCACAAGGCAGAGCUGGGAGAGAGGUCAAAGCCUGUAGACUUCUCCUUCAACCCACUGGCAGACCCACGGUUCCAGUUCUGGGACCCCAGCCUGCUGGAAGCCGUCAAGCUGGGAGACCUCCACGUGCACGAGUUCUUCCGCCUGCUCUCGCUCUGUCACACUGUCAUGUCCGAGGAGAAGAGUGAAGGGGAGUUGUUGUACAAGGCACAGUCCCCUGAUGAGGGAGCGCUGGUCACAGCUGCCAGAAACUUUGGCUUUGUGUUCCGGUCGCGCACGCCCAAGACCAUCACAGUGCAGGAGCUGGGUCAAGCCGUCACCUACCAGCUGCUGGCCAUCCUGGACUUCAACAACAUCCGCAAGCGCAUGUCCGUCAUCGUCCGCAGCCCUGAGGGCAAGAUCCGGCUGUACUGCAAAGGCGCUGACACCAUCCUGCUGGAGCGGCUGCACCCUGUCAACCAGGACCUGAGCAGCAUCACCGCCGACCACCUGAAUGAGUACGCUGGCGAGGGGCUGCGGACGCUGGUGCUGGCCUACAAAGACCUGGAGGAGAGUUACUACAGGGACUGGUCCGAACGGCUGCACCGAGCUGGCAGUGCCCCUGAGGCUCGUGAAGAUCACCUGGCUCGGCUCUACGAUGAGGUGGAGCAUGAUAUGAUGCUGCUUGGAGCCACAGCCAUCGAGGACAAACUGCAGCAGGGGGUCCCCGAAACCAUUGCCAUCCUGACGCUGGCCAACAUCAAGAUCUGGGUGCUGACAGGGGACAAGCAGGAAACAGCUGUGAACAUCGGCUACUCCUGCAAGAUGCUGACAGAUGACAUGACAGAAGUGUUUGUGGUCACAGGCCACACUGUGCUGGAGGUGCGAGAGGAACUCAGGAAAGCCCGGGAGAAGAUGAUGGAUGCAUCGCGUUCUGUGUGUAAUGGCUUCUCCUACCAGAAGAAACUCUCCUCCAAGCUCACCUCUGUGCUGGAAGCCAUUGCAGGCGAAUACGCCCUGGUCAUCAACGGGCACAGCCUGGCCCAUGCACUGGAGGCAGACAUGGAGGUGGAAUUCCUGGAGACAGCGUGUGCCUGCAAAGCUGUUAUCUGCUGCCGUGUCACACCCCUUCAGAAAGCCCAGGUGGUGGAGCUGGUGAAGAAGUACAAGAAAGCUGUGACUUUGGCCAUUGGGGAUGGGGCCAACGAUGUCAGCAUGAUCAAGACUGCCCACAUUGGGGUGGGCAUCAGUGGGCAGGAAGGCAUCCAGGCCGUGCUGGCCUCCGACUACUCCUUCUCCCAGUUCAAGUUCCUACAGCGCCUGCUCCUGGUGCAUGGCCGCUGGUCCUACCUGCGCAUGUGCAAGUUUCUUUGCUACUUCUUCUACAAGAACUUUGCUUUCACCAUGGUCCACUUCUGGUUUGGCUUCUUCUGCGGCUUCUCAGCUCAGACAGUGUAUGACCAGUACUUCAUCACUCUGUACAACAUUGUCUACACAUCGCUGCCUGUGCUCGCUAUGGGUGUCUUUGACCAGGAUGUGCCGGAGCAGCGGAGCAUGGAAUACCCCAAACUCUAUGAGCCUGGGCAACUGAACCUGCUCUUCAACAAGCGGGAGUUCUUCAUCUGCAUUGCCCAGGGCAUCUACACCUCCAUCCUCAUGUUCUUCAUUCCCUAUGGCAUCUUCGCUGAUGCCACCCGUGAUGACGGUGCCCAGCUGGCCAACUACCAGUCCUUCGCUGUCACUGUUGCCACCUCCCUCGUGAUUGUUGUCAGUGUGCAGAUUGGGUUAGACACAGGAUUCUGGACAGCCAUCAACCACUUCUUCAUCUGGGGCAGCCUGGCCGCCUACUUUGCCAUCCUCUUCACCAUGCACAGCGACGGCCUCUUCCGAAUGUUCCCUAACCAGUUCCGCUUUGUGGGUAACGCACAGAGCACGCUGGCCCAGCCCACGGUCUGGCUGACCAUCGCCCUCACCACCGUAGUCUGCAUCAUGCCCGUUGUGGCCUUUCGCUUCCUUAAGCUGGACCUGAAACCAGAGCUCUCGGAUACGGUGCGCUACACUCAGCUGGUACGAAAGAAGCAGAAGGCACAGCACCGGUGCAUGCGGCACGCGGGGCGCGUGGGCUCACGCCGCUCUGGCUACGCCUUCUCCCAUCAGGAGGGUUUUGGGGAGCUCAUCAUGUCUGGCAAGAACAUGAGGCUCAGCUCCUUGGCGCUCUCCAGCUUUGCCCCCCGCCCCAGCACCAGCUGGAUCGAGAGCCUGCGGAGGAAGAAGGGCAGCGAGGGCAGCGGUGCUGGCAGCCCCGGCUGCGCGGCCGACAAGACUCUCAGGAUCUGAGGCUGGAGGGGUCACAGGGGGGUCGCAGCCCCUCCGGUGCAGCUAGGGGCUCCCCUCCUCUGCCCCUGGGAGGGCAAAGCCGCUUGUCACUGGGGUCCAGUGCUAGGAGCAGAGGUGAUGUGGGGGCCAGUGCUGAGGUUUGGUGGAGUCUGGACUGUUGCCUUCUAGCCAAAAAAAGAGAGUCUUUCCCUCCCCAGGGUGGGCAGAUGGAUGGGUGGAUGUCGCCACCAUCAGCCCCUCCCAGCCAUCAGUAUUCAACGCCCCAUCACAAUUGAAUGUAUCAUGGCAGAGGUGCAGGGCUCUGGGACAACUGUGGUCGCCCUGUGCCCUUCACCCACGUGUCUUUUUUUUUAUAUAAACAAAAAAAGGGAAAAGAGUCCCCCCCUCCAAAA